CCCGCCAGGACACAGGAAGUGCUUGUUGUCACCCAGAAUAACUUCCCCAGUCCCUGUCUCCGCUCCCUCGUGCUGUGCGGAUAGCUGUCCCGGGGGAUCCAGGAUCGCUCGCACACCGUGACCGGAGCCAGCAGCUGGCGCCAUGCAGGUGAGAGCGAGGCCGGACUGACAGCACAGCUCGCCCUCCGCCAUGGGAACCGUGAUUGUUAUUAUCACGCCAUGUGCUUCUUCCUGUAUAGAGCGUCGGGCGGGGAGGUCUGGGAGAAACGGACAUUGUGUUAUUAUUUUAUAUAAUGGGGUCCUGUCACUGUUAUCAUGUGUAAGGGGGCUGCGCUUUAUGUAGGGGGGCUGUGCUUUCUGUAAGGAGGGGGGCGAGCUUUCUGUGGAGGGCUGUGCUUUCUGUAGGGGGCUGUACUUUCUGUGAGGAGGGGGCUGUACUUUCUGUAUGUACUUUCUGUGAGGAGGGGGCUGUACUUUCUGUGAGGAGGGGGCUGUGCUUUCUGUAAGGAGGGGCUGCUUUCUGUAAGGCACUUUCUGUAGGGGGCUGUACUUUCUGUGAGGAGGGCUGUGCUUUCUGUAAGGGGGCUGUGCUUUCUGUAAGGGGGCUACUUUUUGUGGGGGCUAGCUUUCUGUAAGGGAUGUGAGGAGGGGGCUGUGCUUUCUGUAGGGGGCUGUACUUUCUGUGAGGAGGGGCUGUGCUUUCUGUAAGGGGGGCUGUGCUUUCUGUGGGGGCUGUACUUUCUGUGGGGGGCUGUGCUUUCUGUAAGGGGGCUGUGCUUUCUGUAAGGGGGCUGUACUUUCUGUGAGGAGGGGGCUGUGCUUUCUGUGGGGGCUGUGCUUGUGGGGGCUGUGCUUUCUGUAAGGGGGCUGUGCUUUCUGUAAGGGGGGCUGUACUUUCUGUGAGGAGGGCUGUGCUUCUGUGGGGGGCUGUAAGUGGGGCUGUUUCUGUGAGGAGGGGGCUGUGCUUUCUGCUGUGCUUUCUGUAAGGGGGGCUGUGCUUUCUGUAAGGGGGCUGUACUUUCUGUGAAGGGGCUGUACUUUCUGUGGGGGGCUGUGCUUUCUGUGGGGGCUGUGCUUUCUGUGGGGGGCUGUGCUCUGUAGGGGGGGCUGUGCUUUCUUUGGGGGGGCUGUGUGCUUUCUGUAAGGAGGGGGCUGUGCUUUCUGUGCUUUCUGUAAGGGGGCUGUGCUUUCUGUGAGGGGGCUGUGCUUUCUGUGAGGGGGGCUGUGCUUUCUGUGGGAGGGGCUGUGCUUUCUGUGGGGGGGCUGUGCUUUCUGGGAUGAGGGGCUGUGCUUUCUGUGAGGGGGCUGUGCUUUCUGUGAGUCCCAGGUAUAUUGAGUGAUAAAUCUUACUGUUUAUCUACUGAGGGCAGAUACAGAGAAAUCUUAUUCCAGGUUUAUUUACAGUUAAUUUCCACAUAAUUAUGGGAAAUAUAAUCUAAAAGCAGCUGAAGGGCCAAAACAGAGCAUCCCCUAGGGCUAAGCUCAAUGUAACCAACAUGUCAUUCCCUAAUAACAUUACAGAGUGAUUGCCUUACAUCACAGCUCUGGGCACAUUACAUAUUUGCCCCAAGCUGAGGAUUUUGGUUGCCGGGUACCCAGUAUCUCAGAACUGCCCAUUAGGAUUGCUGUAUAUGUUUUCCUGGACACGUGCUUUCAUGAUGUUGAUGGUAUGUGCCUGGAAAGUGCUGUCUAUUAAUACAACUUAUAUGGUGCAGGGUUCUGGGGAUGGUCCUUUACUGGGUCACCUCGGCACUAAUCAGAAUAAGAUACAGUACAUUUUUCACUAUGUUUUUUGUGAAUGGGGAGCUACUAUCAGCCUAUAAGCAGUGUCCAGUCUGAGGUUUUAUGAUUUAAGCCUCUGACUCAAACGGAAGUGGAGGGGCGGUCACUGUACUGAAGACUUGGAGGUUAAAACCGUUCGUUAAUGGUCAGGGAUGGGGAAUUCCUAUUGCCCAUUCUGGGUGCCGGCAGGAAAAUUUUCAAUUUAUUUUCCUAUUUUCCCUAACACAUGGACGGGCCAGGGAGUGUUUGGUUUGAACCUCCAUCGGGUGCAAGUACAGUAAUCGCACCCUAACUGUCCUGCACUUACUAAUGAAUAUCGGGCCACUAGGAAGCAAUCACUGUGCUUUGCACCCGAAGGAGCUGCAAAACAGGCUGUUCGGGCUGCUCUACCUUCGACCCAGGCUGUCAUACUGUCAGCUCGUGGGUGGGGGCUGGCAUCGGGCUCAGCAUCAGAAUUUCAAUCUACUUAAUGCUGAGAUGCCCUCCCCACAUAAAGACACCAGACAAACUACACACUGCAAGUAUACUAUGAGAGGGAUAGACAUUCAAGUUGUGGCCCCCAGUAUUUCUAUUUAAAAUUAUUUUGUGGGCCUGAACAAGUAGCUCACGUGGAUUGGGUUACCACUCUAGUCUCAUGGACAAGUAGAUUUCUACUACUCUGAUGAUUUAACUCCUAAAGGUAAACUUGCACCAAGGACCUCCAUGUACUAUAACAAAUUAAAGGUAAUCUAUAGUGUUAGCCAUACAAAGUUGUAUUCCUAACUCCAUAGUGCCCCCUGGGCCCACCCCCUCCCUCAUGCCCUUUAUGGCACUUAAAGGGAUAAAAACUCUUAAUUUACUUACCUAAUUCCAGCUCCGACAUCAUCCGAUGCAGGGACCUAAUACGCAUACAGAGCAUGAGGAUGUCCAGCAUCGUUUAAGGGACUCAGACUCCGCUAGAAUCCAGGAAGUGCCUCUAGUGGCUGUUUAGUAGAGAACCACUAGACAGUCUUAGUACUGCAAUAUAAACAUUGCAGUUUAUGAGAUACUGCAAUAUUUUACAUUGCAGGACUAAAGGGGACAGGGGCAUCUAGACCACUUCAAUGAGCUGAGGAGCUCUGGGUGCCUACAGUGUUCCUUUAAUUCUAAUUAAGUUGCUAUGGUGCCCAGAGUGUUACAUAAAUCAGUAGCCAAAUAUCCCUGGAUUUGCCUUGAUUAUUUUUUAUUUAUUUUGACCAAUAUUAGCAAUGGGUUAUGUACAGUAAGACAGAUGUAAAUACUAAGAAGCACUAAUGGUGUCAUGCCUACUCGAACAUUUGUAUGUUACUACAGUAGCUCCCUUUUUGUUUAUUAUUAUGUUAUUAUUUAUAUAGUGCCAACAAAUUCUGCAGCGCUUUACAGUGGGUGGACUAACAAACAUGUAGUUGUAAUCAGACAAGUUGGACACACAGGAACAGAGGGGUUGAGGGCCCUGCUCAAUGAGCUUACAUAUAGAGGAAGUGGGGCAAAGUGACACAAAAUAGUAUUAGAUUAAUGACAGUUGCAAGAGAGGAAUCAGUCGGGAGCUAUUAACAGUUUAAUAGAUACGCUUUUAUGAAGAAGUGGGUUGAACCUGUUUAAAUUUGUUCAGCAUUAGCACAGCACAAUGUCUAGCAUACACCGAUUUCUCCUGGUGUAUCAUGUGCAGGGACGUAUUAGCCGCGAGGCAAACAAGGCAUUUGCCUUGGGCGGCAUUUUUCAGGGGGCGGCAAAAAACGCCGCCCCCCAAAUGCCCAGGGCAAAUGCCUUGUUAGCCUUGCGGCUAACUGACAUCCCGAGUGGCUGCAGGGCGGGCGGCGCUGGGCAGGCGGCUGGCGAGGGAGCUCUUCCCCUGAGCGCUCUGCUCAGCUCCCUCGCGCACCGCAAAGUGAGGCUGGGAGCCGGAAGAUGACGUCAUAUUCCGGCUCCCAGCCUCACUCUGCAGCCGACGGGCGAGGGAGCUGAGCAGAGUGCUCAGGGGAAGAGCUCCCUCGCCAGCCGCCUGCCCAGCGCUGCCCGCCCUGCAGCCACUGGACCACCAGGGAGAGAGACCGCCCCCCCCCAGCACUCCCAAAGGUAAGGAGGUUGGGGGGGGAUUUAAAUUUAAAAAAAAGUUAAUGUGUGUGUGUUUGUGUCUGACUGUGUGUGUGUUUGUGAGUGUGUGUGUAUUUGUCUGUGUAUGUGUCUCACUGUGUGUGUGUGUGUGUUUGUGUCUGACUGUGUUUUUGUUUGUGUAUGUGUCUGACUGUGUGUAUGUGACUGUGUGUGUGUGUGUGUUUGUGUCUGACUGUGUGUGUCUGACUGUGUGUGUGUUUGUGUCUGACUGUUUGUGUCUGUGUAUGUGUCUGACUGUGUGUGUGUUUGUGUAUGUGUCUGACUGUGUGUGUAUGUGUCUGACUGUGUGUGUUUGUGUCUGACUGUGUGUCUGACUGUGUGUGCGUGUGUUUGUGUCUGACUGUGUGUGUGUGUGUGUAUUUAGAAGGUGGGGCGGGGGGAAGGGUUGGGUGGGGGUGGCGCGGGGGGGAGGGGGCGCCUGAGUUUUGUCCUGCCUAGGGCAGCACAAAACCAGGAUACACCACUGAUCAUGUGCCAAUACAUUUUGUUCUGUGCUUUAAGGCAGACCAUUACCAUGCAUCUUAUGGCUACACCAGUUCUGUUUCCAGCUGUUGUUGUAUUGUCUUUUAGCUUGUUUAGCACCACAAAGGUUGCCUAAAACAGCUGUAUCUCUAAAUGUGACCUAGCUCUAGAUUGUAAGCAAUAAGGUCCCACUCUGUUCUUGUGACUGUUGUAAACGUGCACAUUGUCUUACAUAAUGGAACCUUUUGAUGCUGUGAUCCAAUAAAGGACCACCAUAGGCACCAAGACCACUUCAGCUCAGGUUAACCCUGCAGCAAUAAACAUAGCAGUUUCAGGGAAACUGCUAUGUUUACACUAGGGUUAAUCCAGCCUCUAGUGGCUGUCUCAUUGACAGCCGCUAGAGGCGCUUCUGUGCUUCUCACUGUGAAAAUCAGUGAGAAGACGCUAACAUCCAUAGGAAAGCAUUGAGAAAUGCUUUCCUAUGGACUGAUUUAAUGCGCGCGGCUCCCUCCGCGCAUGCGCAAUCCGCAGAAGACGUCAGAAGAGGGAGGUGAGUCCCCCGCGCCGAGGGAGCCCGGCGCUGGCAAAAGGUAAGCAUUUAACCCCUUCCUCCCCCUUCAGCCCGGCGAGAGUGGGACCCUGAGGGUGGGGGGGAACCUAAAGACGCUAUAGAGCCAGGAAAGUAAGUUUGUUUUUCUGGCACUAUAGUGGUCCUUCAAGAGUAUUUUUGUAUUUCUGUCUGCCUGUAUUUGGUUUUUAAUUAAUGUAUCUUAAUAUCCCCAUUUCUUGCAUAGGAUCCAAAUGCCGACACAGAGUGGAAUGAUAUUUUACGUAAACAUGGCAUUGUUCCUCCAAAAGAGACCCCAAAGGAUGAGGAGGCAGAAGAAGAAGAUGUCCUUCAGCAACAGUCAGUAGGUGAGUGACACACAAAUGCAGGCUGGUUAUGCUUUGCAUUAGAACAAGGCUGCAACAUUUGUUUUUUCUUACUUGACAAUAUGUUACAAACUUUAAAACAAGUACAUUUCCAUACUCCUAUAGAAUACACACUUUGAGUCCUUAUAUGCAAUAAGACUAAUAAAAACAGAUCUACCUAAACAUAAUAAAAUAAUGACCCAUAGUCUAAUAGCAAGUAAAAAAAAAAAAUAAAGAGUGAAUUUCCUGUUAGUAAAAGUAUCUGCUCACAUAAAUAAUAGACUCACACAAAGAAGAAAGUGGGAGAGAGAUAAAAGGCAAUGUAAAACAUUUAUGAUAAAAAACAAGCGGUUUGUAAGCAUAACAAACCUUUUUAAUUUUUGCUGUCAUACUUUUAUGCUGAUUUUAUUUAGUAUAAAAGUGUAAUGAAAAUGCAGUACCCACAAUGAGGGAUGCAGUUCUUAAGACAAUAGGGAGCAGGGGAAUAUUUGAUGGUAAUCGACAUAAAACCUUAGAGUACAUGCACAGACUGCUAAGAUGUGAUGCAAGUUCCAAGGUAAUUGGCAUGAUAAAAUGAAUAACCAGUCUAAAAGUGAAGCCGGUUGACACAGCAAUGCUUUAAAGGUAUUUAGUGAGGUGAAAAGUAUUUCACAGUAUCAAAUGCUUUUCAAGCAUUAUAGUCUGACAAGAUUGCAUGACCAGUACUGAAGGCAAAUCAAACACGUGUGACGUGAACUAGCUACCAAAAUGAUAUUUUUAGAGGUAAGAAUAUAUUCCAACUGAGAAUCACUUAAAAUGGCAGCACUCCCAAAGGAAGUGAACAGAACGCCUCAGUAUUUAUUUAUUUAUUACUGGUAUUUAUAAAGCACCAACAGAUUCCACAGUGCUGUACAAUUAGAGGAGAACGUACAAUAUACACAGACAAAUACAAGACGUAGAGAGAGGCCUGCCCAUAAGGUGAAAUCUAGCCAUUGGAGCUCUUUUAUACAAAGUGCUUAGCUAGAUAGUCCAUGAGCUUACAAUCUAAAGGAUACAGUGGGGAUUUGAGACAAGAGGUAGCAGGGGAAAAAUAAAGUAUGUCAUUACAUUCUUUAAAAAAGCAAACUAGGUUGUGGAAGAUAAAGUCAGUUUGCUUUUUAUUGCCAUUUGUUUAAUAUUUUUGCUUUUGUUAUUAAUCCCUACCUUGGAAUUUUUUCUUCAAUAAAUAUCCAUAAUAUUUUAAUCUGUUCCCAUAAUAAAAUAUUCCAACAAAAUAAAGAAGACAGUCUAAACUUAAAAUACAGUUGCAUUACAAUUAUAAUUCAAGUGUUGCUUUAAAUAAGGAGGCCACGAAGUCAUUUGAGUGACCUUAAAACUACCUUUAUAAAGCUAUGUUUCAUAUGUAAAUUUGUCUUGUAGGCACAUGUCAUGAAUAGAACUCCUGCUAAAAAAACAAAAGUGAAGUGAAAAGAGAGGGAAAAAAAGGGGUGGGGGUCUAUUGUAUUAUAUAUUAAAUCUUAAGUCUCUGCACUGAGAUACUCUGUUAUUUAAAUUAUUUAAAUUUCUUUCCACCACUUUUAACUCCUCACUGAAAGGGGCUUGAUAAAGGGGCUGUUUGAAGAUACGUCCGCCAUUUGUCGGUUACUUUAGGGCUUAAUUUUCCUAUUUUUGUUUGAUUCCACAUGAUAAGUUCAUAAUCUACUGUAGUAGACAUUAAUUUCUUGUAAAGAUGGCAAAUUUGAAGAUUUCCCGUUUCUGGCUAUUAGUAUUGCUGUUGUUGAUAGGAGUAGAAUUUUUCUCCGUGAAACUUUAUCUAUGGUUUCUGAUAAAGCUUUUAGAAGUAUCAUCUUAGGGGUAUGUUCAAUCUUGUGAGAUGUAAUUUCUUGAACCAAUGAUACUAUAUCUUUCCAAAGAGUAUUUACCUUAUCACAUGACCACCACAUAUGCAUCAUGUACCUUUAUGCGAAUGGCACCUCCAACCAACAUCUUCUGAUUCCGGAUAAAUUGAUCUAAGACGAGUUGGUACCAUAUACCAUCUAUAUAGAAUCUUUCGAGAUGUUUAAAAGUGGGAUGUGCAUGUUGAAAGUUCUUCAUGUGCUGUGAAAAUGUUUCCCCAUUCCUCUUGUUAUUGUUUCUUGAAUAUCAGUUUGUUAUUCUGUCAUAAAUUUCCAUUUUGUUAUUUCUUGUGAGUUGUUGAGGCUAUAAUAGCAAAUCGAUAAUAUUCUUUUUGGUGAGGAUAAAGCUGCACAUAGUUGUUCAAAUUUCAUAAUAGAGGAUCGUAAAGUUUGUUGAAUUGUGCAUAUGUUAUUGUUGAUCAUAAGUGCUUUUAUUUGAAGGUAUGCAAAAUUAAAAUGUGAAGGAAGUUCAAAUUCUAUUUGGAGGUCAGGAAAAAGCUUUAGACCAUCUGUUUUGAAAAGAUGAAAAAUAUUUGUAAUACCUCUUCGGCUCCAUUGAGCAUAGGGAAAUGUGUUGUUGCAAAUAUAUAAGAUUGUAAGAGGAGCCGCUAAUGACCAAGGGUAUGAUGAACAUAAUUUUACUCUGUUGAUAUCCCAUAUAUUAAGUAAGAGCUUGGUAGUAGAUAGAAUAUCCUGGGGUGUCUUUCGUCUUUGUUUAGGCAACCAGAUCAAAGAAGGUAACUCAAGAGGUCCGCUAUAGCUAUUUUCUAUAGCAACCCAUUGGGGGGUAUAGUUACUUAAAAGUGCGCUAAUUAAUUUGUUAGAAUUGCCGAGUAAUAAUAUAAUUUCAAGUUUGGGAAGCCCAUGCCACCAUGUUUCACUUGUCUCAGAAUUAAUCCUUUUGGGACUCGAGAGUAUUUCCCGCCCCAGUUAAAGUGAAUAAGUAUCGCCUGCAGGGUUGAAAUAUACCCUUGCGGAACUUUGAUUUGUAAUGAUCUGAAUAGAUAUAACAUUUUUGGUACUAUGGUCAUUUUAAUUGCCGCUAUUUACAUAUGUGACCAAAAUGUAAUUUGAGCUUUUUGAAUACAGAUAAUAUUAGUGUCAUAUAGUAACUCACCAAAACUAAUACAUUAUAAAAUAAGUUAAAAUCCCACGUAUAACAUAGGUUGAUUGUUUUACUCUUAACGAGGGUAAUAUGGGGAGGUGAUUUGUAUACUAUAUGUCAUGUAUAGUGAGUGAAGGUAAACCUUUUCCCCCUUCCUUUUUCUUUUUUCUGUAUCCUUUAUAUGUCAAAAAUGAAUAAAAACAUUUAAACUGGAAAAUAAAGCUAUGUUUCCAUCUUUUGCUCCAGUUAAGACAUAUGAAACUCUGGAAGAGAAUGAAGAUGAUUUUAAUGAGGAAGAUGAGCAUGCCAUAGAACUAUACAGGUAUGUAACUUUUCAUUGGAAGUGUAUGGAAGUGUAGAUUUGUAUUUCUAAUGCUAUAGGGUCCAGUUUGUAAGGAAAAAUUUGUAAAAUAAAGGUUUAACUUAACUUUUCUCCAGCACCGAGACUCCCUCUGUGCCACUGACACUCUGCCUCCUGCAACAUCAUCGUGGAGGCAUUGCAUUCCAGGCAUCAUCCUAUCCAUUGUACCCCAUACAGGCAGUGGCGUACAUACCAGGGUCGCAGGGGUCGCGGCUGCGACCGGGCCCGGCCCACCAGGUAUGUACCUACAGGGCCAGCCUCUUCUCCUGGGGGGGCCCAGGAGGCGGCCACCUCUGGGCCCCCCGAGGCUGGCCCUGCUGUCACCGGGCAGGCAGGCGGGAGGGCGCGCGAGGGAGCACUCUGCUCUGAGUGCUUCCUCUACAGCUCCCUCGCGCACCGCACUGAUGCCGUAGCUGGAAGAUGACAUCCCUAUGCGGCGCGAGAGGGAGCUGAAGAGAAGGCACUCAGAGCAGAGUGCUCCCUCGCGCGCCGGCCACCCAGGAGCCCCAGGAGCCCAGCAGCACCACCACUGGACCCCAGGGAAUCCCCCCAGCACUCUAAAAGGUAAGGAGGCUGGGGGGAUUAAAUUUAAAAAAAAAAUUGUGUGUGUUAGUGUGUGUGUGUUAGUGUGUGUGUCAGUGAGUGUGUCUGUUAUUGGGUGUGUGUCUGCUAGUGAGUGUUACUGUGUGUGUCUGUUACUGAGUGUGUUUGAUGUCUGUUAGUGAGUGUGUGUUUGUCAGUGAAAGUGUAUGUUUUGUAAGUGAGUGUGUAUGUAUGUCUGUCGCUGAGUGUGUCUCUGUCAGUAAAUGUGUGUGUCUGUUAGCUAGUGUGUAUGUGUCUGUUCGUGAGAAUGUGUGUGUGUGUCUUCAGCAUUUACCUUUCUCCAGCGUCAGACUCCCUUGGUGCUGGGGAUCCCUCCGCCUCUCAGCUCCGAAUGCACAUGCGUGGCAAGAGGCGCGCGCGCACACAUUUAAACCGCCCAUAGGAAAGCAUUAAUCAAUGCUUUCCUAUGGACGUUCAGUGUCUUCUCACUGUGAUUUUCACAGUGAGAAUCGCGGAAGCUCCUCUAGCAGCUGUCAAUGAGACAGCCACCAGAGGCUGGAUUAACCCUCAGUGAAACAUAGCCGCAGGGUUAAAACUAGAGGGACCUGGCACCCAGACCACUUCAUUGAGCUGAUGUGAUCUGGGUGUCUGUAGUGGUCCUUUAAGUGUGUGUGCAUACCGUGGUCGCGGGGUCGCAGCCCUGCAACCCCUGCGACCAGGUGCCUGCCGCCAUGUGUUGCGGCCCCAACCCGCGCCGAGUAAGCGCGGGGGGGGGCCCACGGAUCAAUUUUUGCACCGGGGCCCCAUGGGUCAUGUGUACGUCACUGCAUACAGGAGCAGCAGGGACGUGAUGUAAAUAUGUGGCGUCUGCGCACGCAAUCAAAUGCUUCUCAAAGGAAAACAUUGAAUUCAGUGCUUUCCUAUGAGCUACAUUUGGUCACGUUGUAGGGUUAACAGGACGGGAACACUUCAUUGAGAUGAAAUAAUCUUGGUAACUUUAGUAGUCAUUUUAAAUGUAUUAGUGGCAGACAAUUGCUGGGUAUGUGCUUGAUUUUAUGUUUGUACUAUACAAUUUUCAGUAUUAUGCUUUUAGUCCUCUCUGAAUGCAAACCAACAGUUUGUUUAAAAAAUAAUGGCUUUCAAUUCUUUUUUCAGGCUGCAGCGAAUAGCUCAGUGGCAAGCAACUCAAGUGAAAAAUAAAUUUGGCGAGGUGGGAGAAAUAUCAGGACAGGAUUACGUCAGAGAAGUGACAGAAGCAGGCAAAGGCAUUUGGGUCAUUUUGCAUCUUUAUAAGCAAGGGUAAGCUACAUUGUUCAGAGCAAUGAGUUUUGAAAAGUCUUCUUGAAUAUUCCUGUCUAAUUAUUAGUGAGAUCCUAAUCUAUGCAGAUUUCCUUCAACUAAGAACAUUAGAAAUCAGGUAGUUAUCAUUUGUACAGCAGGCUAAACACCAGUGUAUUUCAUGACAAAGUGCUAUGCAAUAGGGGUAUAUCUGUUAAAAAAUGUGAAAGAUUCUGUCAUAGGUUAAUGCUAAUGAAUCCAUGCAAGUGAGAGGGAAAGACAAGUAUCUGUUCCAUUCUAAAACCAGUGAUAAUGUGCCAGUAAUUCAUCCAUUUCGGGGGUUAAUCCAUAAGAGCGGUAGUAACCAGUAAAUCCUUCAAUUAAGGGAGCAUCUGAUUUGGCACUGACCAAAGUAUCCAAUGAUCUACUCACUGCAAAAUCUCAUGGUCACUACUCUAUCCCAAUUCUCCUUGACCUGUCUACGGCUUUUGACACUGUUGAUCAUCACCUUGUUCUCAUCCUCCGCAAUAUCUGUCUACAAGAUAUUGCUCUCUCCUUGUGCUCCUCCUACCUCUCCCAGCGCUCUUUCAGUGUUUCUUUCUCUGGCCCUGCUUCUUCUCCCCAACUCCUCUCUGUUGGUGUCCCCCAAGGUUCAGUCCUUGGUCCCCUACUGUUCUCCAUUUAUACUGCCUCCCUUGGUAAACUCAUUAGCUCCUGUGGCUUCCAAUAUAAUUUAUAUGCAGAUGACACGUAAAUCUACCUGUCCUCUCCUGAUCUCUUCCCGUCCCUCUUGACUAGUGUCUCUGAUUGCCUCUCUGCUAUUUCUAACUGGAUGGCUGCCUACUCCCUUAAACUAAACUUGACCAAAACUGAAAUUCUGGUCUUUCCUCCCUCAAGUGCUGUUACUCCUGUGUCUGUCUCCCUCCAAGUCAACGGUGCUACCAUCAGCUCCUCCACGCAGGCUCGUUGCCUGUGUGUUCUCUUUGACACCGACCUAUCCUUCGAGCCUCAUGUUCAGUCUAUCGACAAAUCCUGUUGUUUCCACCUCAAAAACAUUGCGCGCAUCCCAUUCCACUGUCCUUUCUCGCCUUGACUACUGUAAUCCACUUCUCAGUGGUCUUAGUGCUCCCAACUUGCGCUGUUACAGUCCAUAAUGAAUACGGCGGCGAGGCUCAUCUUCCUGUCCGCCCGCACCUCCCACGCCUCACCCUUCUGUCAGUCUCUACAUUGGCUUCCUGUUAGAUAUAGGGCUCAAUUUAAAAUUCUGGUUCUUGCUUUCAAAUCUCUAAAUAAUGCUGCUCCCUCCUUCAUCUAUCCUCCCUAAUACACAAGUAUGUCCCGUCUAGGCCCUUACGCUCUGCUAAAGACUUACGUCUAUCUUCUGCCGUACUCCCACCUCUGAUGCUCACCUUCAAGACUUCUCGAGGGCUGCACCGUUCCUGUGGAACUCACUUCCCUCCUCCAUUAGAUGCUCAUCCAGUCUCCACUCCUUCAAAAAAUCAUUAAAAACCCACUUCUUCAUAAAAGUGUAUCAAUUAAACUGUUAAUAGCUCCCGACUGAUUCCUCUCUUGCAACUGUCAUUAGUCUAAUACUAUCCUUACCUUUUGUGUCACUUUACCCCACUCCCUCUAGCAUGUAAGCUCAUUGAGCAGGGCCCUCAACCCCUCUGUUCCUGUGUGUCCAAGUUAUCUGGUUACAACUACAUGUCUGUUCGUCCACCCACUGUAAAGCACUGCGGAAUUUGUUGGCAUAAUAAUAAUAAAAAUUAAUAAACAAACCUAGCAAAAAAACAAUAUUAAUCCAAGAGUGCAAGGGUUAUCCAUAGUACUUAAUCCACGACAUUGAUCAGGAUCAGCAAUGGAGUAAUCUUAAUAUUUUGUUCCGCAACUUGGGUCAAGUAACAACUCUGCUUUUGAUACCUAGAAUUAAUCUGAGCUCUUGCUAAAUAUUUUGUGAGACCUAAAUACACAAGGAGGUGUUCCUGUGAAGGUUUUAUGCAACUUUGUCUCCUUUUGAAGUGUUUCCAUGUUUUAUUAUAGUCUGUUUCAACAAAAUGGGCUUUUAAUGGUUCCGCAGACCAGAUUUGCAAAUCCGCUAUUUGGCUGUUGCCACACACUUUUAUGGAAUCAGACAUCUAAGCCUCUCUAAGCUUUAUAUAGAUGAAAGAUGCUCCAAGUGGUGGUGAAGAAAUAGAACAACAUACCCUUCAGUCAUCUUGUGACUUCCUGGUAUUGAUACUGCUUGAAUCUGCAUGAAGAAAAAAAAAGUUAUGUCACUGUAACUUUCUUUUUCAAAUAGGUUUUGCAUGAAUUAUUGACUCUUUUCCUUCUGGGGAGAUUUUGGCUUUUCAGUAUUUUCUAGUUGAUGUUGGAGAAGCAAAGGUUAUUUACUUGCAAAAAAUAUAUAUAUUUUAGAUUGAGCUGGCUUCCUUCUAAGACGCAUUCAAAAGCCAUAUUGUUAUUACCAUUAAUAAUAUAAAAAUAAAUACAUCGAGUAAGCAUAUUUUUAUAUAUUUUUCCCUUUUUAAUUUUUUUUUUGUAUUUGUUUUUCUUAAAUUGUAUGCCAUUUAUGAGAUCUUUAAGCUUAUGUUUUGAAGAAACAUUCUAACAACAUUGUGUCUUUUAGAAGACAAAUCUGGUCAUCUAGAAUAUUCCAAGUAUUUAACUUCACUUAGGUUAAAAUGUUUGAAUUGUUUAUUUAUUACUGCAAUUGGAAAAGUAUAGACUGUUUGUUUGAGAUUAUAGAUUAUUUCUGUACUAAUUGCAUCUCUCUGGUUCUCCUCUUGGCUUCUAGAAUCCCAAUAUGUACUCUGAUCAAUCAGCACCUAUCGGUACUCGCGAGAAAGUUUAAAGAUGUGAAAUUCCUAAAAGCCAUUUCUACAACUUGUAUUCCCAACUAUCCUGACGAGAAUCUGCCCACCAUAUUUGUAUACCUUGAUGGAAACAUUCAAACUCAGUUCAUCGGGCCACUUAUGUUUGGUGGCAUGAAUCUUACCAAAGAUGGUAGGUGAAAAUAUGCUAGUGUUUUAAGAAAGCAAAUGUAAACAGAGGCCAUUAAAUAGUAUCAACCUUCAGGAAGUGUGUGUGUGUGUGUAUAUAUAUAUAUUUGAUUUUCUCACCCCUCCUGGGUGGUAUGUUUAUUCCUCAUUCUCGGGUCCUCUACCAGAGGCCUGGGAGUUUGACAGUUCUGCACAGUAUCUUAGCUGUUCCUACUGGCUAUAAUCACUAGCUCCAGUAAGAGCUACACAGCUAUACCUGCUAGACUCUCUGGAGUAGGAGAGGUCCACCCACUGGAAGCUGGAUCCUGGGCUUGGGGCCAGGGUGGUUGGAAGACAGCAAGACCCCAGUCAAGCUAUGGUGGGUAAGAGGCUACGGUGCUUAUGGUGUCCGGUGUUGUGCAUAUAGUACUCCAGGCUACUAGUAAGCAGCGAUUGGUGGAGGCAUCCAGUCGAGGUGCCAGGCGGUCCUUCACACUGGGGCUGACCAACUCUUAAUGUGUGCUGCUCUCUGUUGGAUAUCUUCAACUGUGAUAGUGACUGGUUCCUGUUCUGGCAGCAUGCAGUGGUCUGCUUUUAGGUCUAGUAGCCACUGGGCCUUGGUAGUAUGAGAUGCUUCUUUCUCCCAGAUAUUCUUCCAGUACUGUUCAGUCUCAGUUUUGGGUGGGUCUUGCGAGGAGAUGUGGUGGUCACCCUGUAGCUGUGCAUACACCUUGGAUGGUUCUUUGGUAAAGAGGGCAUUGAUUCUCUUAGUCUCUGCUUCUCUGGUGUAUCUGCUCAGUCUGGUUGUCAGUGCUGUCAGUCUUUGCUUAGCUGUUUCCGGUGCCUCUGGUAUAGGCAGAUCCUUGUUUUUCUGCAGCAGCCAGGAUCUGUCUUUGAUCUUUCCACCUCUGUUAAGUUGAUCCAGCUUACUAACUUUCUUCCAUGUUGUCUUUAUCUUGGCUUCCAGUCAUAGUCUCCAUGGUGGGCAUUGCUUCUCUUUGAGCCUGAUCUUGUAGUCAAGUAGCUGGAGGACCACUAAUUCUGUGUCAUAUAUGAGCCUGUUGGUCUCUGUGAUGGUGCAGGUUGGGAUUGUGGACAACGCUUCAUUAACUGAAGCCAGCAUGCUGUCUGGUGGUAGCUUUCCAGUGAUCUUCGGUAGUCAUGUCCACUGGUCAACGACUGCUUGUUUUAAUAGGAUCAUUUCCCUUUUAUCUGUUAUGCCAUCUUGGGGUAUGAAUUCAGGUUGACAAUUCUCUGGUGCAGGUAAGAAUGUGGGUAUGGGAAUUUCUUCCUCCUCAUGGUGCAUGAUUGAUUUCUUCUGUAGUUUAUUUAUUUCCAGUUGUGACACUAGAUUUCUCUUGAAGAUGUUCAAACGUCGUGUAACCAGCUGUUUUGGUGUUAGGGUAGAUGAUGCUCUCUUGUUCAUCUAUAGCUCCCACAUAUGUUUCAUGUAGCCUCUCUUGUUGGGGCUGCUGUUGUAGUAGCAUUCAAGCAGGUCUAGCUUCUCGUUCCGUGUCCAGGAAUGAUUUGUUCCAGUAGCCCACUUGUCAGAUUGCCCUAGUUCCCUAGCAUCUGACGCGGACCUUGUUAAUCCAGGGGAUGUCCGAGCCGGCAUGACUCUCUUGGUUCGUGUUGCUCUCAUAUUAUUGAGGUGGGAUAUAAAAUAUACAGGCAUACCCCACUUUUAAAGUGAAGCAAUACCUUUUUUUUCACUUCCCAAUGUAUGUACUGCAUUGCAAUAGUCACUUACAGGCAUGACUGAUAUAAAUAAUGUAUUGAUAGUGUUAGAAUGCCAGGUUUUAAAGCAUGGUUUAUGAAGAACAAUUGUUGAAGGGCAUUUGUCUCCAAUAGGUCAGAUCUCUCAUGAAAGCCAUUGUGGAGAAGACAUGUGAGGCAUUGCAAGUCUUCUGGCAUUUGAGGAGGGUUAAAAAUGUUUGCAUGUGGAGAUGUAAUGAUUUUGGCACUAUAUAAGCUUUUUUUUAGUGGUUAUAUUCAUAGAUUUAAAAUUUGUAACCGUAAUCUAAUACAAUCUGUAACGGACCAUUUUACACAUAAGAGGUUAAAAACCGUUUAGGUGAUAUUCCCCUUUCCAGAUGCACCGACAGCUACUGUAAGCACCAAUCUCCCUAACCACAAACUACACAAAUUCACCAAAUCCCGAACAGCAAACACACGAAUACUGGAAACAGCCGAACAGGAAAAGCAUACAAUCAGCUUACACUCCUGGCAAUUAGCAUACAAUCCAAUUCCCCCAAUAACGAGACGACACUUUGUUUUGAGGGUCAAGCAGGAACAGACAGAGCUGUGGGUUUAUUGUUCUUAUAUACACAUAAGUACAACCCACAGGGUUUUGGAAAGCAAACAAUAAACACGUACAAUACACUCAGACACUCCCACACAAAAUUCUCCCCUCUGCCUGUGAUACAAUUACCUUACACAAUGGGUAAUGUAAUUAUAACAGCCAGAGAAAUACAGUUUUUCCACAUUAUUUUUACAUUUUUAGAAUCAGCAUACUCCAAAUACAAACAUAUGUCAAAAUCAUCCAAAUUGGUCCACUGGUUCAAAAGAUAGAUCGAAGUCCUUUGUGACCAAAUGAAGCAUGGCUUUUCUGCCCCAAACCAGUUCCACAGAGUCUUCUAUCCUGGAGAUAAUUGGGAAUUAAUCCCUUUAUCUCCAAGGACAGAGGCAAAACUCCAUUAAGCACAUGGCAGUAAAAAGACAGUAAAAUAGAAUAAAAUACACCAGGUUACAUUUAUCACAUAGAACAUACACAUUCAAUCGCCAUGGAGCCAAAGUCUUUCAUACAGUCUUUCAGUAUAGGCUGGGCUCCAUGGCAUUGCUAUCUGGGGUAGCAUGGCUUUAACAGUCUGCAGAAAGGCACAAAUACGCUUUUCUGCAGGGAAAAUAAAAGGUUUUAACUGCCGGGCCAUAGUCUAAAGAGAGCAGGCGAGCAACCAGGCUCCUCCAGUGGACAGUGGCGAGGCUGGUUUCGCCACACACUCACGCUGUAUACAGUUUUAUUUCAAUAAAACAUCAAUUUGGUGUAUUUUAAAAUGCUAGAAUUUGCAUGGUUUCUUCUCUUAAAUCCUAUCUAUUAAGGCUAGUAAUCUUAACAUCUACCCCCACCCUUUUUUGGAAUGCUUUCGUACACUGGAAAUUGUUAUUUUUUUUUUUUUUUAACUGGGCAAAUCUUUUGCAGAGUUAAAUGAGCAAGGGAAAAAGAAAUGUACCUGUGACUUUAAAAUAUAUUCGGGGAGUCACCCCUGUGUGUUGGUAGAGGCCUGCUCUGAAACUGCAGAGCUGCUCCGGGCGAGAAUAGAACCUUCCAUUUCCUGUUCCCUUGCUGACAGAAGAGGCGCAGGAAUGUCCGCACUCACGAGACACUUUACAUACACCCGCGGGUAUGUCCGUACUCGCAAAUCUACUUAAAGUGAGGGUACGCAAAGCGGGGUAUGCCUGUAUAUAUAUUUAUUUUUCUCUGAGAACCAGCAAAUUGCGAGAAUGAAUUUUAGUAGGUGAUUUAAAAUGUGAGGUCAUUUCUAAAAUGAAUGUCAAUAUUACCCGUAAUCGAGAAAUUUGUUCAGAUGUUUGGCUGCUUCACCAUACUUAUGGUUCUUCAUCUGUGUUUACAUGUACACUAACUGUUUCUCUCAAACUUUUCUUUACAGAAUUAGAGUGGAAACUUGCUGAGUCUGGUGCGGUAAAAACAGAUCUUGAGGAAAAUCCACAAAAGCAGAUUCAGGACCAGCUCAUGACUUCCAUUCAUACUUGAAUGCCCACCAGAAAAGACAGUGAUUCCGACGACGAUUGAUAUAUUUUGUGUAGUUUUCCAUCCAGUGUAACUCUUACAAGAGAUGGAUUAUUUGGUUAGGAUUCAUAUUUUAUUAAAAUAUGGAUUUGUCAUGUAAGAUUUUCUUACUGUAACACACAUUGUUUUGUCUCAUGUUAAAGCCUUCAAAACCUGCAUUUAUCUAGCAGCCUUACUAAUG